AUGAGUCAAUUUUUCAGAGCAAGGUUUACUACUAGCAACGGCGAUCUCAGGAGCUACAAGUCUUCAUCUAUUUGGCAGGGUCUAAAAAGGGUGUGGGAUUUUGUAACAAAUAUGGAGAGUUGGACAGUAGGAAAUGGCGUCAAGAUCAGCUUCUGGAAGGAUCGUUGGUUAGAAAAUUCCUCAUUGGCGGAAUCCUCUAAUCUGGACUUAGAAGCGCUGACUUCAAGGCAGCUGCGAGUGGCGGAUUUCAUUAGGAAUGGUGAGUGGUGCUUCCCAAAUGUUUCUUCAUCAUUCUUUUCUGAAUCAUUUGAGAAGGCGAAGAGAAUAUCCCUAACGAAUUUAGAGGAUGCCCUGUGGAAUAUGUUCUGUGAUCUAUUUGGUGUCAUAUGGCAACAUUUCACAAGAAUGGAAGAUUUAUUUAGUUUGUGGAAACAUAAAGCAAAAUCCGUUACAUUCUCAAGACUAUGGCUUAGUGGCGUGGUGUUAAUUCCUUAUACAGUUUGGAUGGAGAGGAAUAUGAGAAUCCACGAGGGUACCUAUUGGCAUCACAGGCAGCGUUUUGCUAUGAUAAAAGGUGAGAUAGGUAUAAUUUCGACAGUGCACCUUGGGAAAAACUUGUCCGUAGUUGAUUUGAUGUGUGCAAGGAGAGUGGGAAUUCCCCGAGUAAUUGGCAAGCAAAGAGAAAUUUUUGAAGUUCGAUGGUGUCUCCCCCCUCAAAAUUGGAUUAAGCUAAAUACUGAUGGGUGCUCGCUAGGGAAUCCUGGAAAGGCUAGAGUUGGCGGUGUGUUUAGAAAUUACAAGCGCGAACCUUUGCUGAAUUUCAGAAAUUUUGUUGGUAUAAAAUCUAACUUUGAAGCUGAAUUCUUAGCUCUCAUUACCAGCCUUGAACAUGCAAAAAACUCUUGUAUCCAAAACCUUUGGAUCGAGUGUGACUCUGCUGUUGUGGUGUUCUUAUUCUCCAAAGAGCUGGUUCCAUGGUUUAUUCAGCAAAGAUGGAGGGGCGUUCUCUCUUAUUUGGGUUCAAUUUCUUGGAAAAUCACUCAUUGCUACCGCGAAGCAAAUGUGGUAGCCGAUUUCUUAGCGAAAACAGCAGCAAGAUUUGAAUCAAAUUCCCCUGUCGAAACCUGGCCCCUUCUCACCUCCAGGGAGCUGGAAUUGGAUGCGGCCCAACGGCCAAGAUUCCGAUUCACUUAG